CUUUUAGUAAAGAGAAAGCUAUGGUGUUUGAAUCCUAGUUCUAGAUUCCAAUUUCAUCCUUAUAUAGUUGUGACAUAAUGUAGAAAUUAUAUAUUAAUAUAAGACUACUCCAUGUCCAAAUAAACUCCAUAUCAUAAUUCAUGUGCUGGAACUUUUAAUAAUAUGUGAACUAAUUUAACAACCAAAAUUCAAAUUUGGAAAGAGAACCUUUUAUUUUAUUUUAUUAUUAUUAUUAUUAUAGUUUGGGAAUGAUCAAUCUAAAUUAUGAUAAUUAUGUAAUAGUAGUUGGGUUGAUCUGAGCACCAAUUUGAGUUGCCUAGUAUGAAUGGGUAAGGUGCGGUUCACAUGGUGAUGGAGCAGGUGGAGAAACCAAAAUGGGCACCUAAAAAAGAAAAAAAAAAAAGAAAAGAAAAAAAGAAGAUGACAGAAACAAAGGCAAAUUUGGGUUCACGGGUGUCAAAUGGAUUAACCACUAACCAACAAUUUUCUCUGCCUUUUACUCUCUCUUCAAAUCAUCAUUCCUUUGUUUCUCUCUUCCAAAUUUAUUGUUGAAAGGAUGAUGCUGCAUCUGCACAUUUUGUUGGUUUCAAGCUGUUUGUGGUGGGUGUGCAGUUUUGUUGAUGUUGAAGCAGCUACUCCAACUGUCAAAGUUGGGAACAUUUCACAGGUAGAAGAUGCAGCUUAUUUUAGGAUUUAUUAUGGACAGACAUUCAAAGUCAUCAAGAAUAGCUUUGAUGGCAAGAGCUAUCUUCUCAUUCAGAAUAACACAAAGAUGGCAAGUAAAACAAAAUACUGCACGUCAAGGAUAAAAUCAUUUGUGGUUCCAUUAGCCAACUAUUCUGUAGACGCUGAUUAUUUUCCUGUUUCAUUUUUUGAGCUUCUAGGAUUACUGGGGAGUUUGAAGGGCAUCACAUCUUCAGACUAUGUGGUCUCUGAAUGUGUGCUCAAAGUGUAUGAAGAGGGACAAGUGCAACUCAUCAACAAAAGCCAAAGCCAGCAGUUUGCAGCUCAUUUCAUUAUCAACUCAGAUCAGCCCCAAAUUCAAUCCUGCAACUUGGCCACUUUUCUCUCCACUGCUGAGGACUCCCCUCUUCAGAGAGCUGAGUGGAUCAAGUAUCUUGCUGUCUUUGCCAAUCUUGAAUUCAGAGCCAAUCAAGUCUAUGAUAUUAUCAAGAAGAACUACAUGUGCCUGAGUAAAGUAGCAACUAGCAAGAAAGCAGACUUCAAACCAAUUGUGGCUUGGAUGCAAUACGACGUUGGUGUUUGGUCUUUUACGGUAGAGGCCUUGAAGCUCAAGUAUGUGGAGGAUGCAGGUGGAGAAAACAUAGAUGAGUCCAUCAACAAAGCCACCUACAACGUCUCCAUACCAGAUGAAGUAGAGGCGUUCCACGCCAUCCUCUGCACCGUUGAUGUGGUGAUUGAUGAGACCUUCGCCUCGGAUCCAGCGUCCUACACAGCCUCCACAUUUCUUGACAGUCUCAACAUCCAGGAUCAGUCUUGCUUCGCCUUCAUUUCCUCUCAAAGCCUCUGGAGAUAUGACAAACGCCUUCAUAACUCCACCCUUGAUUGGUACGACGGAGCUAUUUCACAGCCUCAGCUAGUUCUUGCCGAUCUCAUUCAAGCAAUAUCUCCAUCGACGAACUACACCACCACUUAUUUUAGAAAUCUAGCCAAGGGAGAAGAAGUGAUACGCAUUGGCCCUGAAAUGUGUGACAGGGACAUCUCACUUCCAAUGGAACCUUCAACUCUCCCUUGCCAAUGAAACUUCAUUCUCUCUAUUAUGGCUACAACUCUGUUUUACUUUGACAUACUUUAUUUUUAGAUUAACUUACCACUUCACAUAUAUAAUAUCUUCUGAUAUUUGAAAUGA